GUGACCCGACAGUGAUUUCCGGGAGGUUUGCGUGUGAGUUAUUACCCGGCUCGUCACGGGAGACGAGCACUGGAGUAGAAUGAGUGCAGAAGCAGCAGAUCGUGAGGCAGUGACCUCUAGUCGACCCUGCACUCCACCUCAGACAAUUUGGUUUGAGUUCUUAUUAGAUGAAGGACUGCUUGAAAAACAUUUGCAGAAGUCUUAUCCAGAUCCGUCACCGAUUCAGCUGAUAAACCAAUUUUUGGAGCAGGCCUCCAAACCCUCUGUAAAUGAGCAAAACCAAGUGCAUCCACCAACUGACAACAAAAGGAACCGCACAUUGAAGCUCCUUGCUCUUAAAGUAGCUGCCCACUUGAAGUGGGAUUUAGAGUUGCUGGAAAAAAGUUUGACUGUUCCAGUGCUGAAUAUGCUUCUGAAUGAGUUGCUGUGUGUCAGCAAGGUUCCUCCGGGUGUAAAGCAUGUUGAUCUUGAUCUGUGCAGCUUGCCUCCGACAACAACGAUGGCUGUACUAGUGUACAAUAGAUGGGCGGUUAGAACAACUGUCCAGAGCAGCUUUCCAGUGAAACAGUUAAAACCUGGUCCUCCACAAUUAAACAUAAUGAAUCAGAUGCAGCAAGAAAAAGAAUUGACAGAUAACAUUUUAAAAGUCCUAAAGGAGCAAGCGGGAGACUCCAUUCUGGUAUUGGAGCAAGCACUUCAAUUGACUACUGACCUCUAUGUUCACACAAUGAGAACACUGGAUCUGAUAGCAGCAGAACCUAGUCUGGCGAAUGGAGAAACAGAAAGUUCAGCAGCUGGAUUAUGCAUCAGUGUGGAUGAAAUGCAUUGCCAGGUUUGUUAUGAUCUGGGUACAGUUUUCUUCAGUCAAGGAUCUUCUAACCUCUCAGCCUAUGAAAAAGCAAAGGAACAUUUAUUCAAAACCAGUGAACUGCUCUCAAAGAUUGGACCUAACCCUGUUCACUGUCAAAUUGACCGGAGGAGAUUAGACGGUUAUUGCCAGGCUUGUGCAGUGCUAACAACGCCAUCUGAUACAAAUGAACUGCAGCUAACAACAUAUGGUCGGGUUCAUCACUGCAUUAAAUCCAGUAACUACCAGGGAUUGAUUGACAUUUUUCUUGAAGAUAAUAUAACUUUAAGCUUGUUGUCGCACUUCAGGCAGUCUGUCCUGAGAGAGCUUUACCAGAUGGCUCAAAAUGGUGACAGAAAUUUAGAAGAAAUUUGUUUUAAGGUCUGUGCAUGCAACACUGUUCGGAAUGUCCUGGAGCAACAGGUGAUUGGAGUAAGAUUCCACCAACUGCUGCUGAAACCGACCAAAGAAAGAAUUGACUUCUUACUAGAAGUAUGUGCACGGUCAUUAAAUCUGGACAAAGCUUCAGAAGAUUCCAAACAAAAGAUGGCUGCUUUCUUAAAGAAUUUGUGCCAAAGUUUAGAUGACCCUCAGUUUGUUUUCAUGAUUUCCUCGCAUGAUAUGUGCAUGAGACUGUUAAAAGAUGAAGAACGGAAACUGCUGCUUGAUCAAAUAAGAAAGCGAUCACCUCGCCUUAAUCUUUCAACUAAGCCAUUGACUGUUUUCUAUGAUAUACCUGCAUCAGCCAGUGUCAAUAUUGGUCAGUUGGAACACCAGCUCAUCCUAACAGUUGAUCCAGGGAGAAUUCGACAAAUUCUGAUUGAGCUCCAUGGAAUGACAUCAGAUCGGCAAUUCUGGACCGUUUCCAACAAGUGGGAAGUACCAACAGUUUAUGGUGGAGUUAUUCUUGGCAUUAAGGAUAAUCUGACCAGGGAUUUGGUUUAUAUCUUGAUGGCUAAAGGUUUGCAUUGCAUUGCAAUUAAGGAUUUCAUCCAUGCACGGCAACUCUAUUCCUCCUGCCUAGAAUUGGUGACAGAAUUUUCUCCAAAACUUCGCCAAGUUAUGUUGAAUGAAAUGCUGCUCUUGGACAUUAGUGCUCACAAGUGUGGGACAGAUAGCGCAGGAGAGCGUCCACCAGCUGACCUUGUGAGUCGGGUUAGAGGUUACCUUGAGAUGAGGUUACCAGCAUAUCCUGGUGGUAAAAUAUCAUCGCGUCAUUCAGCCAUGCUAAGAGAAGACAUUCCAUUGCGACAAAUUAUAACUGAGGAAUGUGUUGCUUUCAUGUUGAACUGGAAGGAGAAUGAGUAUCUGACACUGCAGAUUCCUGCAGCACUUGUCCAGAACAAUCCAUAUGUAAAGCUGGGGCAGCUUUUGGCUGCAACUUGUAAAGAGCUACCCGGCCCAAAAGAAAGCAGAAGAACUGCUAAAGACCUGUGGGAUGUAGUGGUUCAGAUUUUCUGCUUAUCUAACCAACAUAAACGAAUCAAUGAUGGACGAGUCAGUUUAAUUAAACAUCGAGAAUCCACACUGGGAAUCAUGUAUAGGAGUGAACUAGUUAUGUUCAUCAAGAGACUCAAUGAUCCAUUGGUUCUGACAACUUUAAUCUCUCUUUUGGUAAAGUUACACAACAUUGUUCGGGAUGACAUUGUAAAUGAUGUCACUGCAGAACAUAUGUCUAUUUGGCCAACAUCUGUCCCAAACUUACAGUCAGUGGAUGUUGAGGCUGUUGCUGUCACAAUGAAAGAGCUGGUCAGUUAUUCAUUAAACAUCAACUCCUGUAAUCACUUCUGGUUAAUUACCCAAGCAGAUAUUUACUUUGCCACCAAUCAAUUUUCAGCAGCUCUGCAUUUUUACCUACAAGCUGGUGCCAUCUGUUCAGAUUUUUUUAAUAAAGCCGUCCCUUCUGAUGUGUACACAGAUAUGGUGCUGAAGAGAAUGAUCAAAUGCUGUUCUAUGUUAAAUUGCCACACCCAAGUGGCAAUUUUAUGUCAGUUUCUCAGAGAGGUGGAUUAUAUGACUGCUUUCAAAGCUUUACAGGAACAAAACAGCCAUGAUGCAAUGGACUCUUACUAUGACUACAUCUGGGACAUCACUAUCUUGGAAUAUUUGACACACAUCCAUCACAAAAGGGGAGAACUUGAUAAAAGGCAAAUAGCAAUUAAAGCAAUUGGCCAAUCUGAGCUCAACUCAAGUAACCCUGAAGAGGUUUUACAUCUAGCUGCACAGAAGAGGAAAAAGAAGUUCCUGCAAGCCAUGGCAAAACUUUACUUUUAACAUGCUAAUAAAAGUGCAUAAGAGAUGCUAUAAUUA